GGCGCCGGCGCGCGGAGGGCGCGGCGCAUGCGCAGUGCGGGAGCGCGCCCGGCCCAGGCGAGUGUCCGGUUGUUUUUCCCCGUUCCCUCUCCCGCCAUGGCAGACCAGAGGCGUUUGGCCUUUUCCAUCAUCCAAUUCCUGCACAGCCAACUCCAGGGGGGAGCCAUGAGCCCCGACGCCCAGGAGAGCCUGGAAGUGGCCAUCCAGUGCCUGGAAACGGCGUUUGGGGUCUCCAUGGAGGAUCAGAGCCUGGCGCUGUCCCAGACCCUCCCCGAAAUAUUCCAGGCUGUGGCAGGAAAAGAGCUGGAAAAUUCCAGGACGAACUCGGAGCCGGUGACGCCCUCGGAGGACGACGUGGCCGAGGCUGAGAGGCUCAAGACUGAAGGCAAUGAGCAGAUGAAGGCAGAGAAUUUCGAGGCCGCCGUUUGUUUUUAUGGCAAAGCCAUCGAGUUAAACCCGGCCAACGCCGUCUACUUCUGCAACAGAGCUGCUGCCUACAGCAAGCUGGGCAAUUACGCGGGGGCCGUGCGGGACUGCGAGCGCGCCAUCGCCAUCGACCCGGGCUACAGCAAAGCCUACGGCAGGAUGGGCCUGGCACUCUCCAGCCUGAACAAACACACCGAGGCCGUGGUUUAUUAUAAAAAAGCUCUGGAAUUGGAUCCGGAGAACGAAUCCUACAAAUCCAACCUCAAAAUCGCUGAACAGAAAAUGAAGGAGAGCCCCAGUCCGAGCGGCCCCGGCGGCUUCGACCUGGCCGGGCUCCUCAACAACCCCGGAUUCAUGAGCAUGGUAACAACUGGGGAUACUGGGAGUACUGGGAGUACUGGGGUCAGAAAAUUGAUCGUUUUGGACCCGCAGAAGAGGCUGACGGUUCAGCAGGCCCUGGAGCACCCCUGGGUCACCGGGAAGGCGGCGAAAUUCGCUCACAUGGACAGCACCCAGAGAAAACUGCAGGAGUUCAACGCCAGGAGGAAACUGAAGGCUGCCAUGAAAGCCGUGGUGGCCUCCGGACGCUUGGGCAACCACGGCCACCACGACUGCGCCCGCGGCGGCCGCGGCCAGGGGGGACAGCGGGGCCCGGCCCGGCCCGGCCGCCAGAGUGACCAGCCCGGUGUGACCCAGAGUGACCACCCCGGUGUGUCCCCGAGUGACCACCCGGCCAUGCUCCAGAGUGACCACCCUGGUGUGUCCCCGAGUGACCACCCUGCCAGGGUCCAGAGUGACCACCCCGGUGUGUCCCCAAGUGACCACCCUGCCGUGCUCCAGAGUGACCACCCUGGUGUGUCCCCAAGUGACCACCCUGCCAGGGUCCAGAGUGACCACCCCGGUGUGGCCCCGAGUGACCACCCUGCCGUGCUCCAGAGUGACCACCCCGACAGGUUCCAGAGUGGCCACCCCACCAUGUCCCCUGUGGCUGUGUUCCAGAGUGGCCACCCCGCUGUGUUCCAGAGUGACCACCCUGCCAUGGCCCCGGUGGCCCCAGUGGCCAAGUUCCAGAGUGACCACCCUGCCGAGUCCCCAAGUGACCACUCCAGUGUGUCCCCAGUGGCCGUGUUCCAGAGUGACCACCCCACCAUGCUCCAGAGUGACCACCCUGCCGUGUCCCCAGUGGCCCCAGUGACCAAGUUCCAGAGUGACCACCCAGCCAGGUUCCAGAGUGAUCACCCUGCUGUGUCCCCAGUGGCCCCAGUGCCCAGGUUCCAGAGUGACCACCCCGCCGUGUCCCUGAGUGACCAUCCCGGUGUGUCCCCAGUGCCCAGGUUCCAGAGUGACCACUCCGCUGUGUCCCCAGUGUCCCCAGUGCCCAGGUUCCAGAGUGACCACCCCGCCAUGUCCCCAGUGUCCCCAGUGCCCAGGUUCCAGAGUGACCACCCCGCCGUGUCCCCGGUGGCCCCGGUGGCCGUGCCAGGCACCGGCUGUCACAGUUAA